CUUCAGACCUCCAUUACAGCAGCCUCUCAAAAUGCCAGGCAGCGGGAGGAAAGACAAAUCUUCUCUAAGGGCCGACUACUGGAAGUCACAACCAAAGAAAUUCUGUGAUUACUGCAAGUGCUGGAUAGCAGACAAUAGGCCUAGUGUUGAAUUUCAUGAAAGAGGAAAGAAUCAUAAAGAAAAUGUUGCAAAGAGGAUCAGUGAGAUUAAACAGAAAAGCCUGGAUAAGGCAAAGGAAGAAGAAAAGGCAUCAAAGGAGUUUGCUGCAAUGGAGGAAGCUGCCCUGAAAGCAUACCAAGAGGAUUUGAAAAGGCUUGGCUUAGAGUCAGAAAUUUCAGAGCCAAGCAUAUCACCAAAAACCAGCACUGUCCCACCCAUCUCUGCAUCAAAUCAGCAGAAAGAAAAGAAGAAAAAGAAAAAAGACCCUUCAAAGGGCAGAUGGGUAGAAGGCAUAACCUCUGAAGGUUACCAUUACUAUUAUGAUCUUAUCACUGGAGCAUCUCAAUGGGAGAAACCUGAAGGAUUUCAAGGAAACUUAAAAAAGACAGAAGGGAAGGCUGUUUGGGUAGAAGGUUUAAGUGAAGAUGGUUACACCUAUUAUUAUAAUACAGAAACAGGAGAAUCCAGAUGGGAAAAACCUGAUGAUUUUAUUCCACACUCGGGCGAUCUGCUUUCUAGUAAAGUCAGUGAAAAGUCACUUGGCACCCUGGAAGAAUCCAAAUCGUCAAAUUCACAUAGUGAUUCUGAUGGGGAACAGGAAGAACAGAAAGUAGAGGUCUCUACAGAAACACCAAAGCUAAAAAUAAAGUUUAAGGUAAAAAAUAAAAAUAGUGAUAAAGUAAAUGAAGGCAAGAUCCUCCUUUCUGAAAAACAGAAAGAAACAAAUAUCCAAGAGCAGAAUUCAUCAGGUUCAAAUGAAGAAAAAUCCAAAGCUCAUAAAAAAUCAAACCCAUAUGGAGAAUGGAAAGAAAUUAAACAAGAAGUUGAGUCUCAUGAGGAGGUAGAUUUGGAACUUCCAAGCACUGAAAAUGAAUAUUUAUCAACUUCAGAAGCUGCUGUUGGUGAGGAACCCAAAGUAGUUUUUAAAGAAAAAACAGUCACUUCUCUUGGAGUCGUGGCAGAUGGAGUGGCCCCAGUAUUCAAAAAGAGAAAAGUGGAAAAUGGAAAAUCUAGAAAUUUAAGACAGCGAGGUGAUGAUCAAUAAUUGGAAAAGAGUUUUGGAACAGGAUGCAGACUACACAUCUUAAAAGCUUCUCUAUAUUAUUUCUAAAUACUUUCAUGCUAAAAAUUUAGAUUUAUUCUAAAUGUAUUUUAUGUGAAUGUAAAAUAAAUCUUUUUUUAUGUGAAAUUUAUUUUUGUUCCUAAAAUGGAAGCCUACCACCUUGCAUUGUACUACAGUGUAUUAUGUUCAGUGUCUAAAAAUGCUAAUUGUCAUAAUAUAAGAUGCUAUGUAUCUGUUAUUUAAAACCUAGAAAAGCAAGGCCUUUAUUCCAUUUUUACUCAUAUGAACAUAUUUACCCUGCACUGAAAAUGCAUUACUUUCAUACACUGAUAUUAACUAUUAUCUAAGAAAUAAGAAUCAGACCCCAUAAGAGAAGAUUCACAGGCCAUUGAUAGAUUCAGUUCUGAGAAUCCUGUCAAAAGGCUGAUUUAGGAAGUAUAUGCACAUUGCCUUGUUACUCAACUUAAGGUCAAGGACCAAGAAAAGGACUACAGCUCAAUUAGAGUGCAAAUUGGACCACAGGUACAAAUGAGUGUUUGCCUAGUUCAAAGCAACAACCAUUGCUUAAGCAUUUUUACUUUGAGCUAGGUAUUAUACUGUGCCCUGGGGAUAUAAAAAUAAGGCAUAUCCCUAUUCACAACUUCACAUUCUAGCAUAGUCCUUUCCUUCCAGUCAUGUACUCUGUUUAGCAGUCUUAUUUACAUGUACUGGAAAAUCUUUUUUAAGGUUUACUUAAAACUAGGUAGAUGAAGGCUUGAACACAAAUAGUAAUGUCUCAGGCUUCAGUAAAAGAUUUUAGUGUUCCCUUAGACAAAUUAGACAUUUCUUGUUUUCUAGUUAAGUUUCUUAAAAAAUAGAAUAUUUCUUAUUUAAUCAAUUUGAAAUAGAUACCUUCUCUUUAUUACUCCAAAUUCUUAAAAUUAUAUUUUUAUAAAUUGUACAGUAUUUAAUGUUUGGUAGUAAAUAUUUGUCUUAAGGUUACUAGUAUACAUGUAAGAAAAUGAUAGAUUAUUAAAAACUUUAUGAAAGAGAAAAUUA